AUGCUUCAAAUAUGUACUACACAUAAUCAUUCUGGAUCACAAACUGUACAAAAAAUUAUAACAAAAAGUUUAGAAAGCAGUAUUGGUUCUCAAGAGUUGUCAAAUAAUAUAAAAUUUUUAAAUGCAUCAAAUUAUGACAGUAAUCAAAUUUCUUUAGAACUUUCUAAAUAUUUACAAAAUAUCAACCCAGAAUUUAGAGAGAAAAUUUUACAACAUUAUUUAACAUUAAAUUUAAAUAAUGUUGAUCCAUAUAUAAUAAAUAAUGAAAUAAGCAAACAAUUUGUAGCAUUAAUUAAAGAUGAUUUAUUAAAAAAUAUGACUUAUGUAAUUGAAGUGAAUCCAGGCUAUGGUUUAAUAACACAAAACUUAUUAAAAGCUGGUAUACCAUUUAUACACUUAUGGGAAAGUCAUAAUGAAUUUUACCCUGUGCUACAAAAUUUGAAAAAUAUAUUUCCCAAUCAAGUGAAAAUAACACAAGCAAAUCUUCUUAAAAUGUCAAAAAUGUUGAAUUUAAAUAAAGCAUAUGAAUCUCAUACUUUUAAUACAUAUAAUAGGCAUAUAAGUGGCCUAUUUAAUAAUAUAUCAAAGAGAAAAUGGGAGGAAGAAAGUUGUAUGCAAAUAAUUGGAAUAUCAACUAACUACAGGUUUAUAAGGCAUUUAAUAAUAAGUACAAUAUUUCAAACAGGCUUUAUGAUGUAUGGAAGGACAAUUUUUUACCUUGCAUUAUCACCGUCUAUAUGGGCUAAAUUGACGUGUCAUGGUAGUGGAAGUUCAACAAAUUAUAUUAUGUUUAAUACAUUAUUUAAUUAUACUGUAUUUGGAACACUAGAUAGGAAAGGAUUCUUACCAUGGCAAAAAAUUAAAAAAUCAAACAAUAAACAUAAAAAUGUUUUAUUGCAAGCUGAUAAUGAACUAUUUUAUCUUGUCAAAAUAGAACCCAGGCCUGACCUUCUUACAUUAUUUCGUGAGAAAGAACAUUUAAUAUACUUUUGGCAUUUUGUUCGGCAUCAUUUAUAUAAAUCAUCAUCGAGAGUAAUACCAACAUUGGAGAAGAUAAUGCCAGGUUUUGGUAUAAAAUUAAUAGAAAAGAAUUAUAAUAUUUUUACUCAGUUUAAAGAGUUAAAUUUUAAUCAAAUGCUUGAUAUAUAUAUGGAAUUUAAAUCUUGGCCUGAAUUUAAACAAAGUUCAUUUUUACCUGGUGCAAAUGACAUUUUGGAAACAUAUGAACCAUACAAAGAAGGAGAUAGUAAUUAA